GUCAGAGUACUGGGUAUCACAACAAAAGCAUUGGUGCCAAUAUUGCCGCAUUUAUAUUGCGGACAAUAAGCCCGAGCCGUACAAUGCAUGAACAAGGCAAAAAACAUAAAGAAAAUGUUGAAAAAUUUUUACGUAAUAUUCGUCGUAAAGAUCAUGAAAAUCGCAAAGAAGAAGAAAAAACUAGACGAGAAUUAGAAAGAAUUGAAAGGGCAGCAAUGAAACAAUAUAAAAAAGAUAUCAUACUUGAAGUUCCGGGAGCUUCAAUUGCUUCAUUAAAAUCUACUAGUAAUACAAAUGCUCCGCCCGUUAUAAGUUCAUUCAGUGAACAUGAUGUUAUAUAUGCAGGUUCAACGACAAAUUAUACCGAGUUAGCAGAAUUAAGUAAAAGUGGUAAAAGUGCUGAUGGGACUGAAGCUGUUAUAGGAGAGUGGAGACCCGUAACUCCCCCACCUGCUCCUCCACCUGCUCCUCCAGUAAACAAUGCAUUAGAGACCGAUCAAGGAAACAAUACAUCAACAUCUCAAGAAGCAAUUCUUCAAGACGAUGAGGAAGAUGAAGAUCCAGAUGAUUUGAGGAAUUUUAAAGUAGUCGAAAAAACAUUUCCAUUGGAUGAUCAAAUACCCGAAGACAUUUUAAAGGAUAAUGAUUCGGGUAAAGUUACUUUUAAGAAAAGAAAGCUUGCAAGCCAAUCUAAUACAAGAAAUAUUAGGAAAAAAAAAUGUUGAUUAUAGUGUAAUUUAUUAUUUACUAUUUACAUGAUUAACAAAAUUUAAUUAAAUUUUCAUAAUUUAAUUUUUUUUUAAGAUAAUAUAUUAAAUUUAAUAAAUCAUGAAAAGAAUCCCUUUAUUAUAGCAAGAACUUUCUUUUCAACAAAAGAAAGCAUCAUUUGAUCUGUGCUUGGGGGUAAAUUGAUGCUGACAAAGAAUUGUUUAUUAAACUUAGUAGCUAAACGAAAAAU